AUUUGAGUUAUUAUUUUUCUCACCUAAAAACUUGCAUACGAAGUUACAAACAAAACCUCUUCGAACAAAACCCAAUUAAAAUCCUUCCUAGCGUCGCUUCUUCUGUUGAAAAAUAAAGGAACUGAAACGGCAUCAGAUUUGAGAUUUCAAAGAGAAAGAAGAAGCCAUACGGUUCAUAAACUUGGAGAGCAAGCGAUCCCGUCAGUCUAGAGAAGCGCAUUCUCUCACUUCCCAUCACACGCUACUGUACAUCUAAGAAGCCUCUGUUCUUCUCAGACUGUGAUGGAAGUCGACUUCUCAGAGUAUCGGUUGAGAUGCCAGCUUCGAGGCCACGAAGACGAUGUUCGUGGUAUAUGCAUAUGUGGGAAUACUGGAAUUGCAACUUCAUCUAGAGAUCAAACUGUUAGGUUGUGGUUACCAGAUGGUUCAAACAACCGUGACUACACUAUGUCAAAGAUAUUAUUGGGUCAUACAAGUUUUGUGGGCCCCUUGGCUUGGGUCUCUCCAACUGAGGAAUUUCAAGAGGGUGCACUUGUUUCUGGAGGCAUGGAUACAAACAUUUUUGUAUGGAAUUUGGGAACAGGCGAGAAAAUUCAGGAGCUGAAAGGCCAUAAGUUGCAAGUGUCUGGCAUUGCUCUGGAUGGCUCAGAUAUUGUGUCAGUUUCUGUUGAUUGUACAUUACGUCGAUGGAGGAGUGGUAAACAGAUUGAAGUUCUGGAAGCUCAUAAAUCACCCAUUCAAGCCCUUAUUAAGUUGCCUUCAGGAGAGCUUGUGACAGGUUCCAGUGAUAUGACAUUAAAGCUUUGGAAGGGUGUCACAUGUGCACAUACUUUUGUUGGUCAUACAGAUACAGUUCGAGGUUUGGCUAUCAUGCCUGGGAUAGGAAUCCUCUCCGCAUCACAUGAUGGUUCCAUUAGGUUGUGGGAUCUUGGUGGUGGUGUAUUGAUGGAGAUGGUUGGACACACAUCAAUUGUCUAUUCUGUUGAUGCUCAUGUCUCUGGGCUUAUUGUUAGUGGCAGCGAGGAUUGUUUUGCUAAGAUAUGGAAAAAUGGAGUUUGUGUCCAGAGCAUACAACAUCCUGGUUGUGUUUGGGAUGUCAAGUUCUUAGAAAAUGGUGAUAUUGCAACUGCAUGCUCUGAUGGAAUAGCACGUAUAUGGACAAUUCAACAGGAUAGGAUUGCUGACCCUCAAGAAAUAGAGUCAUACGAGAAUCUACUUUAUCAAUACAAGUGCAGCAGGAAGAAAGUUGGAGGAAUUCAAUUGGAAGAUUUACCGGGCUUGGAAGCUUUGCAGACCCCAGGCAAUAGUGAUGGGCAGACAAAAAUUGUUCGGGAAGGGGAUAGUGGUGUAGCAUAUGCAUGGAACAUGAGGGAGUAUAAGUGGGACAAAAUUGGUGAAGUAGUUGAUGGACCUGAUCAGGGCAUGACACAACCUGUGCUUGAUGGAGUUCAAUAUGAUUUUGUAUUCGAUGUUGAUAUUGGUGAUGGUGAGCCUGUUCGUAAAUUGCCUUACAACCACAAAGAUGAUCCAUAUACUACUGCUGAUAAUUGGCUGCUCAAGGAGAAUCUGCCUCUUUCAUAUCGUGAGCAGGUUGUGAAUUUCAUACUACAAAAUACUGGACAAAGAAAUUUUACUCCUGAUCCAUCAUUCCGUGACCCCUACACUGGUGCCAAUGCUUAUAUUCCGGGAGAGCCUUCAAAAGCUCCUGGUACAGCAAAACCUACUCUCAAACACGUCCCAAAGAAAGGAAUGCUUGUAUUUGAUGCUGCUCAAUUUGAUGGGAUUCUGAAGAAGAUUUCAGAAUUCAAUAGCACUCUACAAUCUGACUCAGAGAGAAGUAAUUUGUCAAUAAAUGAGGCUGAGAUGCCAAGACUGGCUGCUAUUGUUAAAAUUCUGAAGGACACAUCACACUAUCACAGCAGUAGCUUUUCAGAUACUGAUCUUGGAUUGGUUUUGAGGUUACUUAAGACAUGGCCAUUAUCAAUGCUAUUUCCCGUCAUUGAUGUCUUGAGGAUGUUAAUUUUACACCCUGAUGGGGCAAAUAUCUUACUCAAACAUGUCAACAUUGAUAAUGAUACACUUGUCGAGUUGCUCAAGAAGGUGACCGUGAAUCCCAUUCCUGCUAAUCUCCUAACAAGCAUUCGUGCCGUGACAAAUCUUUUCAAGAACUCAAUCUUUUAUGAUUGGUUACUAAAACACCGUGGAGAGAUUUUAAAUGCUUUUUCCAGCUGUUAUCUAACCUCAAAUAAAAAUGUGCAACUAUCUUAUUCAACAUUGAUACUCAACUAUGCUGUUCUUUUGAUUGAAAAGAAGGAUGAGGAAGGUCAAUCCCAAGUUCUUUCAGCAGCUCUUGAGAUUGCAGAAGAGGAAAUUAUUGAUGCUGAUUCAAAAUUCCGAGCUCUGGUCGCAAUUGGGUCAUUAAUGUUUGAGGGUGUUGUCGGGAGGAUAGCAGUGGAUUUGGAUGUUGGAAAUAUUGCAAAAGCGGCAAAAGCGUCCAUGGAUACGAAGAUGGCUGAAAUCGGAGCUGACAUUGAAUUGAUAAUAAAGCAGCAGACCACUUCUCACUGCUAACUGCAAAAUCAAAAUAAUUUUCUUUAUAUAAUGCGAAGAGCAGAGGUUGUUCUAGUGAAAGUGUAUUAUCUGUGUACAUAAUGUUGUCUUCUAGAUUUUCUUUAAGCAAGUGCUGACGUGCAGUGUGGUUGCAUAGCCUUAAAAACUUCAGUACUUUCUGCGUGGUUUUGGUUCAUUUGAUGCGGAUGUUAUUGGCUAUUGAGAAGUACAAACAAAGCCUUGUCAUUUCUAUCAUUCAGCUAAUGAUCAUAUGAAUUGAGAUUAUUCUUUUUUUGAGUGAAGGAAACGAGCUUAUAUUAAAU